AUGGCGGAGAUGGAAGAGACGCCAGCGCAGCGACAAGCUCGCAUUCGCCAAAAGAAGCGUGAAGCGAAGAUUACGGCGUCAGCAACGGAGAGACUCGACAAGAUUACAAGGUUGAGUGGAAGGACUCCAGAGAGCAUGCGAAAUGAAUCUCCAGUGCCAACACCACCCCCGAGAUCUCCGGAACAGAUCGCUCCACCGGCCGCAGGAUCUGGUGCCUCGCCCACUCCAGAACAGCUUAGAGCGCAAGAGGAAUAUCUAAAGGCAAUGUUGAGACAGCCGCUGUCACAAGAGGGACAAAGCCAAGCACAGCAGGAAGACAUCAUGUUGAAGUUUCUCCAGACAAUGGUAGGGGGAAUGGACGGUUCAACAGAUUCCAACAUACCUGGUGGUAUGGGUGCCGGCCCCGGAUUAUCUCCCGACGACAUCUCAAAAGCAACAGGCCUUCCUCCCUUUCUGACCGAUAUGAUAAUGGGAGGCCAGAAGGCGCCACCUCGACCAGCCGAGAUACAAGCGACACGCUUCUGGAAAGUCGUGCAUGUUGUUUUCGCCAUGAUGGCCGGCUUAUACUUGGUGUUCAUCAUCCACAAAUCCAGUCAGACCUAUGGUGAGAAUCUGCCGGCACCAGCAACCUUCCAGAACCCGUUUAUUGUGUUCAUGACCGGAGAAUUAUUGGUCCAGGGCGCGAGAGCGGCAUCCCAGGGCCAGUCGGGCAAAAGCGGGAUAAGGCUGUGGAUCCAAAUGGGCAAGGAAUUCAUCGGGGACGGCGCGAUUAUGGUGUUCAUGCUGGGAUUAGCGUCCUGGAUGAAAGGAAGCUGA